CUUCAUACCACUUCGAUCAUCUCUCAGUCGAGAUGAUGCCGGGAUAUAGGCUAUACUGCAUGACAGAUAAAUCGCGCAUUUGCCCAAGUGCCCAGGAGGGCUGGAUGCAGAAACCAAUAGUGGACGUCGGCAGAUCAUAUUUAAUCUACAGGUCGCAUCGGAGGUUACAUCCAUCGGUAUAGCCGUUUGCCACCAGCAGUGAAUCUAGAACCAGAGUCCCGUAUCGUCGAGAGCUGGUGGAGAGCUAUGAUGAGGGGUAAGAAGGAGAGCUGAGUAGCUUUCCUCCUGAAUGAAGUCUCUAGGUCCACCCUCCUGCCCUCGUUUUGUUCUCAUUCCCAGUUACAAGUUUUCCUGCUUUCAUAUCAUCAUUUCUGUUUCUAAUCCAACCGUCAUAUUGUGCAACCCACUCCACAAAAGAUGGCUACUUCAAUGUCGUCAGCCACAGUCCACCAAAAGCUAAGUCGGCAGGCUUCAAGCCCACCGACCUUCCGGGCCUGUCUUCAAAGCAUCGCUUUGCUGUCUGAGCCUGAACGCAAGGUCUUGGUUGAAUCCGCCGCCAAGUACCAUCUCUCACCGGCAGAUGAGGAGGCAUUCACCACCGCUGCAGUGCAGGCACUUGCCUCGGAUGAUCUGGAUGGAGAGCUUGGUGACGCCGCCAAUGGUGCCUCUGCGGCUGUGAAUGGAAUCAUUGAGUUGAUGGUCGCCCUUGUACUCAAUUUGGCAUGGGCCGACACCAUGAACGGCACGAAUCUGACAGACCAAUAUGAGCCGAUUAUGCGGCUCUACUGCCAGACUAUGAAGGAUGGGAUUCCCCUUUCCAACACAAUCGCUCAGUACGCGGAAGAUUUUGACAACAAGGUCAUUGCCUUUUGUGCGGACACUUCGUUAACUACGGAUCAGCGGUUGUCACAAAUUCAGGAAUAUAUCAAGGAUGCGGAAGCAUCCCAGACCACUGCCCAGGACAUGCAGAACACCCUGAACUCUGUGUUUGAUAAAACAAUGGACUUUAUCAACAUGGUUAACAGCGAUUCGCUCAAGAAAGAGGCCACGGAGAAAACCUUCCCUGUGCCGAAGUCGGCAAAGAAGCUUGCGGAUGUGUCGCCGAAGCUUGAGAUUCCAGCACUCACAGCUGCUUUCGAUUCGCCUUUCGGACCAUAUGUCACGAUUGCUGGACUGCUUGGCAUUCAUAGCACAGAGGCGACAAACACAGCCUAUGCCAUCGCCGCUGCGAUGUCAAAUAGAGAACGGGUGCCGAUGAGCAAGGUCCUCAAGGAUCUAGCUACUCAAGACGGCGCGGAUGACACCAACACGGAAUAUUUCAAUGAAUUCCGUGAGCACAUCGGAGUGCUCGCUGGCUACUGGGGCAGCACUCUAAUUGACGCUCGACAAAUCGAGGCAUGGCUCAAGGAUGGCGCCGCUGUUGCUGAUAUGCCCAAAUACAUGGAAAUAGCCCUGAAUGGAGGGGUGAAGAUCUAUGUGAAAGUGGCCAAGUACUUACGCUCAUAUGCGGAACAAACUAACCAGAUUCCAUGGGACGAGUGGUUGAGCGCUGAUGAUGCGUAAAUGAGCAAUUCAGGAUCAUUUUUCUAGGUGUGCAAAUUUAGUUUAUUGAGCUCGUACAUUGUUGCGCGGGGUGUUAGCC